UUUUCUUCUUUUGUUUUUCCUCGUUUCCUAACGUGGAUCGGCUGCAGUGGCAGGGAGAAAUUCCGAGCGUCCUCUAAUUUGAAAGUCUAAUGACCGCACGAGCUUCAUACCUGUUCCAGGCGUCCGGAAUGGCACUCGCAGAAAGGUGGCUUCUCCGCAUCAUCGCAGGAGGAGGAGAAGACGCACCGUACCGUUAGCAGAUUUCUGUAUUGUCCCCGAGCGUGUUAUACAUCAGAACCACCUCAGAAGGAUCACCACGAACGCCAAGGUCGGUUAAUGCGCCCGACCUGCGCUGCUGACGCCGAGAAAGGAAUUUGGUCUCACUCGUUCAAGGCCCUGCCGAGGAAGUGGGCGACCCAAUAUAUUUUAGAACAAGAAAAAAAGCUAAACAAUCCCUUCGUUUUUAAACACUCUGCCAUUCUUCGUUUUUAAUCGAGCUUGUGUCCAGCUGAUGCUCGGCGCGCUCUCUCAAUCUCCCUCUCUCCAAGUGAAGUGUCUAGGCUUGCAUUGGUUGCAUUUCGGCGCGUCCACGACAUGCUAUCACGACCGGUGAGGCGCGAAUGAACACUGCAAGUGACUUCGUGGUCCUGGUGAGCGAAAGGCGGCACUCGGCGGUCGCUCGUUCGAGGAUAUCGACAGCGCGACUUACCAAAAAGAAGGAUGCUUCUAAAGUGUCUGCUGCGCUGGUUCAGGGUCAUCUCGUGAGGAGGGCAGCCGAUGACAAUGACCCGGACGUUCCGUACUCUGUCAACUACGACCACACGGACGAGCACGGUACGCGCAUCUACAGGCUGGAGAUCACGGACGCCGACAACGUGCGGAUGGGCACGUACGGUUACAUGGACGCGAAGGGCCUGUACCGCCAGGUGCACUACCUGGCUGACGCCACGGGCUUCCACGUGUUCGUCUGCACCAACGAACCCGGCACCGAGACCUCCUACCCCGCCGACGCAGUUAUACACAUGCACCACUGGGAGAAGGUUGAACCGGAUUCUACGCUCGGAAGGCUGCUCGCCAGGCUGCCGCCAGUCACUCCACCGACGACUGUUGUCGCUGACGGCGAGAGAAAGAAGAAAAGGGUGCCGCAGAAGCACGGCAAUGCCAAGAUUGUACAGAGCGACGAUGCCAAACUGUAAAUUACGUGCCACGGCUGUCAACUGGGAGCUCGCAAUGACGUGAAA